AUGGGCUGUUCUCAGUUCGCUGCUUUUGUCAGUUCCGCACUUUUUUUGUGUGUAGUGCUCUUGUCUUAUCCAAGACCAAAUAAAUUCCCACCUCCACCUCCGCAAGAAAAUUCACCUAUUACCGGUUUUCCGUCAUGGCGUGAAUAUUUAGAAGAAUACGAUUUUCAAACUGUCUACACUCCAUCGCUCUAUGCAAUAAUGAUUAACGGAAUAACCGGCCUAGCAGCCUUAUACUGGACAUUUAUCUACAAACAGCCAAAAAGCACAAUAUCAUUCUUUCACCAAGGUAACGAAGUCGCCCCAGCGACACUAUUCAACGCGAUACUCGCAAUCUAUGUAUUAGUCACACAGUGGGCCUCGAUCGCUGGCAUAAUCGUCGACCUUUCAAAGCUCUGGGUACCCAUCGGUGUUAUUCAUAACGCGGCGGAACUCGCAUUCGUAACGUUGUUGUACAUGGGCGGAAAAGUAGCUUCGAAUUUAUAUUUUGUGGGAAUUGGCAUUUAUAUGAUUACUGUCGUGAGUUGUUGUAUGAUUUUUCCGUGGCCUUAUGAUGCUUUUUUUUUCAAGGCGCAAGGUCUUGUUCUUGAUUAUAUGAUUGUUGUCUUAUUCACAAGAGUCAUUCUUGAGACACGUUCACAAUUCCAAAGUGAUGCCGAGGGUCACAUUCCAAUAGUUGAUCAAGAAGACGACGAAGGCCGCGAGCGAUUAACCGCUCGUGCUAAACUUUACCCCACGACUGUUAAUCACCCACAUCAAUUACACAUAUUGCUAGUUGCGGGCUUCAUUCAUCUUCUUGGUAAUACUUCUUUUAUUCUUCCAUAUCACAUACCCGAUCAGUUUCCCACUUUACGCGUACUACGUCUAUCUGGACACACAUUGUCAGAGUAUCUUGCCCCAGAAACGCAUUUACCUACCCAGAACGACCAAAGAGGAAAAUGA